UUCAUUCAUCAAAUAUGGCGUCAUUGGGUGAAUUUUAUCUUGCAGAGAUUUCCGCCAGUAUAAUUAAAUUAUGGUUUUUCAGUCAUAUUUCGUGAUAAAAUGUUAAGUUACGUAAUUGUGAGAUAACUUGAGUGAUAAAAGAGGUUAGGUGUUUCUGUUCUCCUUUAAUUAGUUCGCGCACAAAUCAUAGGUUAGGUUAUUAGCAAUUACUUAAAUUUAGUUAUUAUUUACAAUGGAAUCACCUGUAAAGCCUCAAAAUGUUAAUCGCCCAUUCAUGGCCCCUUUACUGGCCGGUGCUCUUGCCGGUAUUUCUGUGGACGUCACGUUGUACCCGCUGGACACCUUAAAGACUCGUCUGCAGAGCGAGCAAGGUUUCCACAAGGCCGGCGGCUUCAGAGGGGUGUACCGAGGCUUGCUGACAGUGGCAUCGACCUCCAUCCCCACAGCGUCCUUGUUCUUUGUUUCAUAUGAGACAACUAAGAAGUUAUUGCAGCCUCACGUUGAUAAGCAGUAUGCGCCGUUAGUCCACAUGGUGGCAGCCAGUGUCGGGGAAGUGUUGGCCUGUGUAAUCAGAGUUCCUACUGAGAUAGCAAAGCAAAGGAAGCAAACUUAUAUUGGCAGCCAGACAAGGAGUAGUAUAAGGAUAUUAUUAGAGGCUUACAAAUCAGAGGGCCUGCGGCGAGGCGUGUACCGCGGCUUUUUCUCCACUGUGGCCCGGGACCUGCCCUUCAGCUUCAUCGAGCUGCCCGUCUGGGAGUUCCUGAAGACCCUCGUCUCGCACCGCAACGAUGGACAGAUCACCAGCUUCCAGAGCGCGGUGUGUGGUUCUAUCGCAGGCGGGUUCGCUGGAGUCGUGACGACGCCAUUAGACUUGGCGAAGACACGCAUCAUGCUAGCUGAAGACUAUGCCGUCACCAGGAAAUUGAGGAUACGACCGGUGCUCUCCAGUAUUUACUCGGAGUCAGGAGUGAGAGGAUUGUUUGCAGGUGCCACUCCUCGUCUUACCGGCUUCAUGCUAGGCGGUUUCGUGUUCUUCGGAGUGUAUGAUGACGUCAAAACCUUCGUCGAGAACUGGGCCAGCUAGCAUUUGUUCGAUGCCCGGACGCGUCAAUAUGCCUUUGAAGCCACGAUAGCCGAACGGUGAAGGGGUCGGACUGGCCGACUCGUGAUCCGGGGAACGCGGGUUCGGUCCCUGCCGCCGCUCGACUAGUUUGGUGAGCUCACUCGUGAUACAAGCAUAUUUAGCUUAGUACGAGG